AUCACAGAGAACAUGCUUCAUUGUCCCACACCCAGCAAGUGAGACCAGUCUGCAGUAUGGUUUACUCCGUGGGUUGCUUACUUACAAAAGCAACAGUUGCCCUAUUUGAUGCUCGUGUUGCCACCAGCAUUGUAAAUCUUCCCCUUCCGAGGUGGACACCUCAGGCAGGUUUACUGGAAAAUUCCAACUGCGAUUCUGAGAUUCUGUAUUGAAUUGAACAGUUUCAAAGGGUGUUCAAGUUUCUUUUCAGACAAACUUAUUUUUUAAAGUAAGCAGCCUUCUACGUGGAGAGAUGAUUUUAAAUUUCAGAUUUUAUCAUGUGGGCAACCUGUUGCAACUGGUUCUGCGUGGAUGGACAGCCUGAGGAGGCCGCACCACCCCAGGGAGCCAGGGCGCAGGCCUAUUCCAAUCCUGGGUACAGCUCCUUUCCUUCCCCAACAGGCUCGGAACCAAGCUGCAAGGCCUGUGGGGCCCACUUCGCAAACAUGGCCAGGAAGCAGACCUGCCUGGACUGUAAGAAAAAUUUCUGCACGACCUGUUCGAGCCAAGUGGGAAAUGGGCCCCGCCUCUGCCUUCUCUGCCAACGAUUCCGAGCAACAGCCUUUCAGCGGGAGGAGCUCAUGAAGAUGAAGGUGAAGGACCUGCGGGACUAUCUCAACCUCCAUGACAUCUCUACCGAAAUGUGCCGGGAAAAAGAGGAGCUGGUGCUCUUGGUGCUUGGCCAGCAGCCUGUAAUCUCCCAGGAGGGCAGGACUCGUGCCCCCACCUUUUCCCCGGACUUCCCUGAGCAGCAGGCCUUCCUGACCCAGCCUCAUGCCAGCACAAUACCUCCUACCUCACCCAGCUUCCCUCCUUCACCCUCACAAGCCACUUCCGUUCCCCCCGCCCAGGCUCAGGAAAAUCAGCAGGCCAAUGGCCACGUGUCUCAGGACCAAGAAGAACCCAUCCACCCGGAGAGCACAGCCAGGGCACCUGCUGAGGAUGAGACGCAGUCCGUCGACUCAGAGGACAGCUUCGUCCCGGGCCGGAGGGCUUCUCUGUCUGACUUGACCGACCUGGAAGACAUUGAAGGUCUCAAUGUGCGGCAGCUGAAAGAGAUCCUGGCUCGUAACUUCGUCAACUACAAGGGCUGCUGUGAGAAGUGGGAGCUGAUGGAAAGGGUGACGCGGCUGUACAAGGAUCAGAAAGGCCUCCAGCACCUGGUGUGUGGUGCCGAAGACCAAAAUGGGGGAGCAGUGCCACCCAGCCUGGAAGAGAACCUGUGCAGGAUCUGCAUGGACUCGCCCAUUGACUGUGUUCUGCUGGAGUGUGGCCACAUGGUAACCUGUACCAAGUGUGGCAAGCGUAUGAACGAGUGUCCCAUCUGUCGGCAGUAUGUGAUCCGAGCCGUGCACGUCUUCCGGUCCUGAGGGCUUGGUACCGGCUUCUUCAGUGCCUUACGGGGACACAGUGCGAGGUUUCUGGGCUCAGGGUUGGCAGCUGCAGGGGGGCAGGCUGACGAGAAAACCUGCAGUGUUCCCAAGACCAGGGCAAGCAAAGAUGCUGUCACCUCUGAGCAUGCCUGUCUUGCCACGGAGGGGCACCUCUUGGCUGGCAGAGCCUGCGGCAGUGAGAACGUG